ACAGACAGAUUAUUUCACUUAUAAUUCACUGUAUCACAAUUCCAGUGGGUCAGAAGUUCACAUACACCAGUGGGUCAGAAGUUGACUGUGCCUUUCAACAGCUUGGAAAAUUCCAGAAAAUUAUGUUAUGGCUUGAGAAGCGUCUGAUAGGCUAAUUGACAUCAUUUGAGUAAAUUGGAGUUGAAUCUGUGGAUGUAUUUCAAGGCCUACCUUCCAGCUCAGUGCCUCUUUGCUUGACAUCAUGGGAAAAUCAAAAGAAAUCAGCCAAGACCUCAGAAAAAAUGGUAGACCUCCACAAGUCUGGUUCAUCCUUGGGAGCAAUUUCCAAACGCCUGAAGGUACCAUGUUCAUCUGUACAAACAAUAGCACACAAGUAUAAACACCAUGUGACCAAGCAGCCUAGUGGGCGGCAGGGUAGCCUAGUGGUUAGAGCGUUGGACUAGUAACCGGAAGGUUGCAAGUUCAAACCCCUGAGCUGACAAGGUACAAAUCUGUCGUUCUGCCUCUGAACAGGCAGUUAACCCACUGUUCCUAGGCCGUCAUUGAAAAUAAGAAUUUGUUCUUAACUGACUUGCCUAGUAAAAUAAAGGUAAAAAAAAAAAAUACCGCUCAGGAAGGAGACACGUUCUGUCUCCUAGAGAUGAACGCACUUUGGUGUGAAAAGUGCAAAUCAAUCCCAGAACAACAGCAAAGGACCUUGUGAAGAAGUUGGAGGAAACAGAUACAAAAGUAUCUAUUUCCACAGUAAAACGAGUCCUAUAUCGACAUAGCCUGAAAGGCCGCUCAGCAAGGAAGAAGCCACUGCUCCAAAACCGCCAUAAAAAAGCCAGACUAUGGUUUGCAACUGCACAUGGGGACAAAUAGCACUUUUUGGAGAAAUGUCCUCUGGUCUGAUGAAACAAAAAUAGAUCUAUUUGGCCAUAAUUACCAUUAUUAUGUUUGGAGGAAAAAGGGGGAGGCUUGCAAGUCAAAGAACACCAUCCCAACCGUGAAGCACGGGGGUGGCAGCAUCAUGUUGUGGGGGUGCUUUGUUGCGGGAGGGACUGGUGCACUUCACAAAAUAGAUGGCAUCAUGAGGAUGGAAAAUGAUGUGAAUAAAUUGAAGCAACAUCUCAAGACAUCAGUCAGGAAGUUAAGCUUGGUCGCAAAUGGGUCUUCCAGAUGGACAAUGACCCCAAGCAUACUUCCAAAGUUGUGGCAAAAUGGCUUAAAAUCAAGAUAUUGGAGUGGCCAUCACAAAGCCCUGACCUCAAUCCUAUAGAAAAUUUGUGGGCAGAACUGAAAAAGCGCGUGUGAGCAAGGAGGCCGACAAACCUGACUCCGUUACACCAGCUCUGUCAGGAGGAAUGGGCCAAAAUUCACUCAACUUAUUGUGGGAAGCUUGUGGUAGGCUACCCGAAAUAUUUGACUCAAGUUAAGCAAUUUAAAGGCAAUGCUACAGAAUACUAAUUGAGUGUAUGUAAACUUGUGACCCACUGGGAAUGUGAUGAAAUAAAUAAAAGCUGAAAGAAAUAAUUCUCUGUAGUAUUAUUCUGACAUUUCACUUUCUUAAAAUAAAGUGCUGAUCCUAACUGACCUAAGACAUGGAUUGUGAAAAACUUAGUUUAAAUGUAUUUGGCCAAGGUGUAUGUAAAUUUCCUUCAGCUGUAUGUACAGUAUAUGUGUUUUGUAUUAGUUGUAAUAUUUCUCCACUAGUUGACUUGGCAGGAGGAAUAAUAUAUGUUUUAUUCCACAUUCAUUGUGGGGUGUGUCAAUUUAAUGAGUGAGUCUUCAUUAAUAUCAAACAUAAACCCAAUUUUAAGCAAGAUAUUUUCACAUGAAGAUAGACAUUUUCUAUAUUAACUGCAGGGCUCAAUGCAUGAAACAUCACCUGAUUAAAUAAUAAUACAUUGAGACAACAAAACAAAAAACAUAGACAGUUUAAAUACUUUAUACUUGAAAUCUUGGAAUGAGGUCGCAGGUUGAGUAUUUUUCACUUCAUGUCUUCGCGUGGCUUCGCUCUUCCGGUAGGGUAGAGAGCUGUCCGUGGUGCUGAAACCUUUAGUAGCACGCGCACAAUAUUGUUUACAAACAUCGGAUCUGAUCAGCUGAUCAAAUCUAUGGACAAAAAACGUUGUUUUUCCCGAGGUAGUGCUCGUCAAAUACUUUAUUAUAAACAGUUAGCGAACUAAUAGUCUGCUUUGUGAUUCACUCAAUAUAUGAUGCUAAACAAUCUGCUUUGGGACAAAUAAUAACUGACAUGUAGACACGACCUACGUGUGUUCACAGACAGUUGAGAUAUAAUAAGGUAGACUGCAUGCAAAUGUUUUUCUGUCAAUCAAUCUUCCAUCUCUCCCUGAAUCCUAAACGGUCUAAUCAGCUCUGCAUGAAUGAUAUAUAGAUAGACUACUAGGCUAUAGAGCUUGCACAGCCCCAUAUGGAAAAUAAUCAUGAAAAUCGAAUAAGAAUCUUGAAUGGCAGAAGAACAUUAUUUUUCCAAAAAUCGAAGUAAUCUAAUAAGAAUCUAGUAAGAUGUUGUAUGUUUUUCCUUAUAUGGCAGUGUUGUAUUUGUAUAUGUGUUACUUAUAUGACAUAUGACAAUUGAAUACAUGAUUGUGGUGCAUUUCCUACAAAGAAAUGGUAAGACAUAUUUGAGACAAAAUAUAUGAAUUAUGUUCUGAGAGUGUAAACUCUAAAAAAUAAAUGUUUUUCUUGUAGGUUUCACAUUGUGUUUUAAAAACAAUGACAAUUACUAUUAGAAAAUACAGUAUUUGUAAAUAAAAGUUCAGAUAUGAGAUUCCAUGGUUAAGGCUGGGUAGAACCUCCUACUGGACAGUUGAUUCAUCUACAGCUAUGCAGGGUUUUAAUCAAACCCAGCCCUGACUACUACCAAUGUGCCAUUGUGAGAAUGAUCGUUGAAAGAUCCCCACUUAAUAGCUAAAUAGACUCACUGCUACUAUCAAAGCCAUUCCUUCUCUCCUCCUCCACCUCUUCAUCCUCUACCUGUCCUCCUCUUCUCAUUCAGUUGAUGCCCCUAGUUUGCAUAAUAUACAACCUUAGAACAUAAAAGUGAUAAUAACAUUUUUGUGAUUCUGUCCCGGGCUCUGGAGCGAUCAUGGACCCACGGUCUGAGGGAUCCAACUCCCAGUCCGAGGGAACCGACUACGUUCCCUACGGUAUUCCCUAUAUUCUGGAUCACAGAUCUGAGCUGUGUGUGUCAGAGGCUCACAGCCAGCAGUUACUGGGCAUGCUCAGAUCGUUCAGAGAGAGAGGCCUGCUGUUUGACUUCACUGUAACAGUCCAGGAACAGACCUUCCCCUGUGUCCUGGCAGCCUGCAGCAACAUCUUCAGGGCCAUGUUUGAGUUGAAAAUGCGUGAGUGUGAGGAUGGGAUGGUCCCUAGGUAACCAGUCGUACACUGCUACCUGGACUUAUUUCACUCUGGAGAGAUAGUCGUCACCAAUGAAAACAUAGACAUGCUGUUCCAGCUCAUCUCUUUCCUACAUGUGUCUGUGCUCCUGAUUGAAACCCUGGAGCUCUCGAACUGCCUGAUGCUAUUGGCCCUCCCCGAGGGAUACGGUUCCACCUCCCUCCUCCAGCGGGCCAAUGAGUUUGUAGUUCAGAACUUUCACGCCCACUCAAUGACUCCAGACAUCCUGGAUAUGCCGGUGGGUGUGCUGGAGGUAUGUAUGGGGUCGGACAGUCUGAGAGUGCCCAGUGAGGAGAUUGCAGUGAGGUCAUCACCUGGACCUCCGUCAUUCCUUUGCCACAACUACCCAGAAACCCAGUGCGUGCGCCUGUAUCAUCUACACAUCAUCAGUGGCGAUAUCGGACUCCUUCAACCCGUCGCUGGACUGUUUCCUGCGCUAUGAUGUCGACUCUGAACAGUAGAGCCACCUGGUGGCAGAGUUUGGUCAGUUUUUCCAUGGCACCUUGGUCAAGGCUGUGUCCGUCAACACUACUCCUAUGUGACUUAUCUAUGUAUAAGGUGACUGACUUGUUGGUUGAUUGACUGAUUGAAUGAGUAUUUGAUUGAUGGAUGUCUCCAUCUAUAAGUCUUUGUAUUUAUUUAUCCUUCAUUUAAUCAGGCAGUUCCUAUUGGCAUAUAUACAGGACAUAAGGACUUUGUCAUUAAAACAAACUUAACAAUUCUACGAAACACCAA